AUGGACGGGCGGAUGCUGCUGCUGCUGCUGCUGCUGGGGGGGGUCCUGUGUGCGCCCCGCUCCUGCCCUGUGGACCCCGGCCUGGCCCCGGCAGCCGCCGCCGUCUCACCGGGGCCGCCGCUUCCCGCAGCCUUCCUGGGGGUGAUGCUCCGGUCUCUGCAGCGGCCCGAGCGCAGCUCCGGACCCCCCGUCCAGCCGCAGAGGGUGAGGGUCCAGCCCCAGCUCAGCCCUCGCAGUUGGGACCCUCCGGCCGCCCCCUUCUGGACCAUGGCGACUCCGCAGCGCUUCGGCCGCCGCCGCUGA